AUGACAAUGAGAUCUGCUAGAUUGACAGAGGUUCCUGCAAGGGCUGAUUCUCUCAAGGGGUGGACAGACCUGCGACUGGCCGCUCAAGUCAACUACCGCCAUGCCUCCUCCUCCCACCAGGUGCUUGUCUCACCGUCACUCUCCUCUGCUGCUAAACCCCCUCCCCCCCCUUCCCCCGCUCGCCUACUGUUCCAUUCCACACAUCCACAUCACUCUGCUUGCUCCUCAUCUUUCCGCUCACCUUCUGCCCCUGCUGGGUAUGCUCUCACGGAAGCACAGGUUGUUCCCUGUGUUGUUCUUAUGCCCGAUGCAGCUUUUUCUGUUGCUUGCUGCGUGCGUCCCCCCCAGGUGUGUUUUACAGCACCGGUGCCUGGCCCCUACCUGCUCUCGCUGCAUCUGCUCUUCAUCAAUGCCUUCCAGCUGCGCACCAACCGCUCCCCCGCCUUCAACCACGGCUAUGCCGGGUACGCCGGGUACGAGCUGGUGUUUUCUCGAGUGAUCCGGGUGGUGGCCCCUCCAACGUACUUCCCCCUAGCACUCCGCGCCCUGCUGCCAUGGUGCACGGCGGACAUGCUGCGCACGCACGGCAACCAGGGGUACUGGCUGCAGCACAAGUGGAUGCCCCAUGCCUGCCGCCUGCGCACUGUCACCCCCGUCGAUGCCCUCUCCUGCUUCCACCGCCAUAAAAACGUCCUCAUCAUGGGCGACUCCGAGAUGCGCUUCUUCUUUGGCUUUCUCACCCACUUCCUGGUCAACCGCACGCGCGGGACGUAUCUGCGCUCCAUGGGGGGCGACCUGCAGGCCUUUCACGGGUUGCAAAGCCUCCCCAAGACCACCAAUUACACGGACGGCAGCGGGGAGCUCCUGCGCACGCCAGUGCCCUUCCCCCCACCCCGCUUCACCUUCUACGGAGGGCUCCACAAUGGCUUCACGCGCCAACAGUUCAAUGUGAGCAUGCGUGGGCGUACUUACCUCUUUAAUCUGACGUACGCGUCUCACAUGGGGGCGAAGCACGAGGUGCUGCCGGGGUGGAUGUACAACACGAGCCUCACGGGGGGCGAGGUGGUGAGCCGCCCAGACACACCCUUCCGCCUCGCCGCCUACGGCUCUUCGCUGCAUGACCUCAUCACAUUGGAUACUGCGCAGGACUAUGCACGCGUCGCUCGCUCGCAUCUACUGCCCAGCCUGCGACGGCUCUUGCAGGACCCGCGGCGGGUGACCGCGUUUGGGCCGUGGGCGGCCCGGGAGGACAGCAAGCCGCGCUGGAUGCUCUUCAAGAGCGACAACGUGCGCGGCCUGGCCUUCGAGCAGGAAGCUGCCAGGUGGGUGGCGUGA